AUGCAGUUUUUAGAAAUAAGAAAUAAUAUACGUUUUAAGGACGUCAUGCCGUUCGCGCGUUACGUAGAAACAGGGCGUGUAGCCCUGGUAGCUGAUGGGUCAUUGAAAGGAAAACUUGUCAGCAUUGUAGAUGUCAUUGACCAAACUCGUGUAUUAGUUGAUGGACCAGGCAGUGGUGUUCCCCGCCAGAAGAUCCGUCUGAAUCAGUUACAUCUUACGAAAUUCCGUUUAAGCUUCCCAUUCACAGCUCCUACACGGAUCGUGAGAAAAGCGUGGACAGACGCCAAGCUCGACGAGAAAUGGGCUGCAAGCCAGUGGGCUCAGAAACUUGCAAACAAAGAAAAACGCGCACAGAUGACUGACUACGACAGGCGGCGCGUACUGGCGCCUUUGGAAAGAGGAAUAUCCCUAAAUCAAAACCCAAGAAGCCCCGUACAAAGAAAGCACCAGCCGCCAAACCAGCAAAGAAGUGAAGCCGUUCUAGUGGAAUUAGUGAGAGAUGUAAGAGAGGUGUGUCAUCAUGUUCAUAAAGCUGGGUGGACGGAUGGAAUGGAUUAA